UCAAUGAUGUUUUGCCAUUCACAAAAUCAGUUUGUACCACUCAAUCAUUCUUAUCAAAAUUUUUAAAUGGCUCCUAGCUAUGACUCUUUUAUUAGCAUUACCGACAAUAAAAGUAAGUGGUGCUUUUUUGCAAGAAUCGUUAGACUAUGGUCAACUACUGAUUCAAAUAGCUCUGAAAAAUCAACUACAAUCCAUUUGAUUUUAAUGGAUAAUUAUGGUCACAAGAUACAUGCAAUGGUUGGUAGUGAACUUUUCAACAAGUUCAAAUUUUCUUUGAAAGAAGAAGCUGUUUUUAUCAUGUAUAAUUUUCGAGUCGUUAUCAAUGAAAUACAAGAAGUCAUUACAACAUCGCAAAGAUUUUGUCUGAACUUUAGAGAUAAGACUAAGAUCAAACCUGUGAUCAUGGAAUUGUGCCUUAUUAUUCCUAUUUUUUGACCCAUCCUUCAGUUUUUCUUUCAAAUAUUUACAAAUCUGAAGUUAUGGUUGGGGAGUUACGAUUAAAUUUAUUAAAACAAAAUAAUAUUAUAUAAAAUAUUUUUAAAAAUUAAAUUUAACUGGAUAAAUUUGUAUCGAUUUGAAGAUAUAAUCGGGAUGCUGGCUAAAGUUGAGGUUGAAGAUGAAUAUAUUUUUGAUGGUGUUAUGACGAAGAUUAUUUCUAUGGAUUUAGAAAAUAAUGGGUUUGUAUACAAAUGCUCUUUGUCAGAUUAUAAGCUUAUGAAAUCUAUAUUUCAUGUAAUAGUGAUAUGAAAAUGUUUUUGGUAUAUUUUAGUUAUCGAUUCAAAUGUAUUCUCCAUGAUCAUUUUGUGGAUGACUUGAACGAUUUUAUACUAUCUGGAUCUUCUGACAAUGCAUGUGUGGUAGUUUUUCUUGGAAAGAUCAAGUUAUGGAAAGGGAUACCUACCGUUCAGAAUCACGGUGCUUAUACCAAGAUGUUAUUCAACCCAAAAUUCAAUGUUUUUGAAGAGUUGAAAGACAGGAUUUUUCUUUACAUAUAUCUACCGUUUAUUUUUAUUAUAAACAAUGUAUAAAAAGAUAUUAUUUUUUAUAAAAAUCUAUUCAAUUUAUUUUUUAUAUUCAGGAUGAUGGACAAAACAUUUUCACCGUACAAGGGUAUAUAUGAGAGUCCGGAAGAAACUUGGUUUCAUAAUAUAGAUCAAUGGAUGUACUCAAUAGGAGUAACCACUCUAUCUGCACUUAGAAUCUGUCCAACUGAAUCAAUGUCUAUCAUAAUGGCCACUGUUGACCAAUAUGUCACCGAUGAUGGUUGGUGGUUUUUAUCUUGUAUUUGUCAUGAACAAGUUGUUCCUGACAGUCCUGCUUACUAUUGUGAAAGAUGUAAUAAGCAUGUUUUAAUGAUUACUCCAAGGUUUCGCAUCACAUUCCAUGUGACUGACAACACAGGAUCUGCCACAUUUCUAAUGCAUGAUAGCGUUGCAGCUGAGUUUUUUGGGAUACCGUGUAGUAAAAUGCUUGAAUUUGGUGAAAAUGUUGGAAUGAGUUCUUAUGUUCCUGAUGAACUACUCAAUAUGGUCGGAAAAUGCUAUCUAUUCAAGGUUUUCUCCAAAGUUGGUGCAGGAUGUGAUGGUGAGAAAUGUUAUCCGAUUUCAAAAAUCAAUGAUGAUGAGGAACUCCUUGGAAGAUUCAAACGUCAUAAUUCGGUAGUCAUCAAACUUGAUACUCCCUCCGUUUCAAAAUACAUGUCCAUUUUGGAGAAAUUGCACUAAC